CACAUCUGCUUACAAGUUGUAGACCCAGCUACACCACAGCAUGCAACUAUGCAGCAACUUAAUUCAUCAAACAGCUCGCUUCCAGCUCCAGUCUCAACUGAAAAUCUGAUUGCCAGUAGUGUACUGGGAGUUUGCUUCAUACUGGGAGUCCCUGCUAACAUAGCAGUAAUAGUACGUCUUGCUGGAUGGCUAAAGAGAGGCAGUUUCACCCCGAGAAUGAUGCUAAGCCUGGCCAUAUCAGAUCUGCUCACACUGCUUUUUCUGCCAGUUUGGAUUUGGUCUCUUCUUCAUGGCUGGGCCUUUGGCUUGGUACUGUGUAAGUUUCUCUCCUAUUUGGUUUACUUAAGUAUUUACUGUAGCAUACUAUGUGUGCUGCUGAUGAGUGUCCAACGAUACCUGCAAGUUCUGCAUCCUGAAAAAUGGAAGAAAUUUGGCAGAAAAGGAAAGAAGAUCGUUCUGAGUGGGAUGUGGAUGUUAAGUGGAGUAUUAUCUUGCUAUUCUCUUGUACAGCGCACUGUAAGCCAAGACAGAGAAGGACGGCCUCAGUGUAAGCUGCUCUACAGAAAUGAUAUGGAAAGAGUUGCUACUUUAAUCUGGGAGAUUACAGUUUUUGCGUUUUUGUUCUGUGCAGUGACUUACUUCUACUUUCAUCUUUACCGAGGAGUUAAUAACUCAGCUUUCUUCAGCAGUAACUUAUUGACAAAGCUGGUGACCAGAAUUGUGACAUGUUUCUUUAUUUUUUGGAUUCCUUUACAAAUCUCCAACAUUGUGAUCAUUACUGCUGCAAUGCUGCAGAAUAACAAGCUCUUAAAAUCUGCUGAAUCUGUUGACAAUAUUACUUCAGCUCUGACUUUCAUUAACAGUUGUGUGAACCCAUUCCUGUACGCCUUCUCUGCUCGGGCUCUGCGACAGCAAGCAGCUGGAACAGCAAAUGUUUAGAUGCUUCAAAAUGUAGAGGUUUUUACUAGUAAUAAAAAUGAUUUUUGAUAUUUCUCUGAAAGCCAAUGACAGCUGUUGCAUUCAUAAUGCUAUAAUAAUUCUAUAAUAUGUAAUAUUUUUUCUUGCUUCUCUAUAUGAUAUUUUUUGGUGUCUUCUAAUUGUUAUCAGUAUAUAUAUAUAUAUAUAUAUAUACUAUAUAUAUAUAUAUAUAAAGCUCAUGCAGCUUCAUAAUAUAUAUACUACUCACUAAUUAGUUAGGGAUAUUUUGAAAGACUUAGUGGAUGUCAUGCAUACGGUGUUUGUUUCACUUCAGACAUUUUUGGGAUAGGGAGGCAAUUGUAUUGGGGUGAUAGACAGACCUCAUUUUGUGUUUUUCAUGUAAUAAUCUCAUUGUGUACAGACGUGCCUUAGAUUGGGGCCAAUCCCAAAAGACAACCUUUUACAAUGUGGUAUCAAUUUCAACAUUCUGUGGGUACAAAAAGCUGGUAUUGUCAGUAAGCCAUUUCAAGUUCAUCAUUCAAACAGGCGUGAACAAACGACGUCACUUAACGGACGAGCAGCGCCACCUGGCCAUGGCGCACCUUCGGGUCGGUGGCAGGCAGUCAGAUGUUGCUCGUGAACUUGGUGUGUCUCAAAGUGUCAUCAGCAGACUUGCAUCAAGACACAGAACUACAGGCAGAGUUUAUGACAGACCCAGGAGUGGAGCCCCACGAGUGACAGACCGCAACGAUGACCAGUACCUAAGGACCUAUGCACUUAGACAUCAUUAUGCAACUGCCACAUAGCUACAGGCCCGUUUACGAGAUGCGUGGGGUACUAGGGUUUCCAGACAAACCAUUUACAACCGACUCCACCGCUUUGGCUUUGACUCCACUGACACCAAGACACCGCCGUAAACGUUUGCAGUGGGCACAAGACCAUGUGAUCUGUACAAUGCAGCAGUGGUCUACCGUCCUGUUCACUGAUGAGUGUCAUCAGCGUUGCUGGAGAAGGCGAGGUGAGCGUUCCACUGAGGUCAACAUGGUCCCCAGGGUUUGCUUUGGUGGAGGAGGUGCAACAGUCUGGGCAGGCAUCACCAGUCAGCGCAAAACAGAUUUGGUUAUUGUACAUGGCUCAGUCACUGCACGUUCUUACCUCAGAGACAUCAUAGAACACAUCAUCAUUCCCCAAUUGCGCCAGCACACCCCCAACUUUCUGUUCAUGGAUGAUAAUGCUCCACCACAUUGUGGCAUAAUUGUCACAGCUCAACUACAGGAAGUUGGAGUGCCUCAUAUGGUAUGAUCAUCAAAGUCCCCUGACCUGAACCCCAUAGAGCACAUCUGGGCCCAGUUGAAGCUGAGACUGGAUGAUCGUGCCCCACCAUCACGUGACCUGGCAGAACUGUGUGUAGCACUUGUGGAAGAGUGGAACGCAUUGCCUGAAAACAUCAUGAUGAGGCUAGUGAGGAGCAUGAGACGUCGCUGUCAAGCUGUCAUUGCAGCAAAUGGUGGAAAGAAACACCCGCUACUGACAUUGUCAAUUUUUGUUAUUUGGGGCUAUCCCUGUUAUUGUCUAAAUUUUUGGUUUAAUAAAUAUUAAACUAAUGAAAAUGGUGUUUCUUCUCAUACAUUAUUAGUAAUAUCAAAGAGAACUUUUAUUUAUUUCAUUCAAAUUCAGAGCAAAUCAAAGUAAACCAAUAUCCCUAACUUAUUGUGAUUAGUGUAUAAAAUCUAGUCAAUACAAUUUAGGCAAUGCUCAAGUGUAAUGGCCUGAACUAAGUCUUAACAUUGUACAAAAAUGUUCAAAUUUGCCUCUAUACCCUUUUCAGCCUGUUUGUUUGUGUACUUUAAAUAUCUGACCUUCAUAGUUUUGAUAAUAUAGUUUUAAAAAUAAAAGAGGUUGUGACCAUUAAACGCUUAUAUUUGGGUCUAAAAACCAAAGUGAACUUUAGAGUAAAUGGUGCAUCUGUUUGCAAAGGGAAAGAGGAAAGAGGAAUCAUGGGUGCAAGAUGUAGAGCAAUUGUAACAUAACUUGUUUUUUUUUUUUUUUCAUUUAGCUUCAGAGGACUCUCAGAUGUUUAACUGUAGAGAAACUGAUCCAUGUAAUUUUGUUUAUUUUUUGUAAGGAAAACAAUUAUGGCUAAACCAUGCAUUUUUACUUAUUUGCAUAAUAUCCAUCCUAAAUUACAAUACACCAGUUAGUGUUCACAUUAACACCACCGCCAGGUGAAUUGA